GACAUUUUUUGUGACAGAUUCUGAUUUGUAAACUUUGUCUUGUAUAUAGUGCUAAAGUAUUGUGUAUAUUCAAUUUAUUGAUGACAAACAUAGUAUUUUGAUUUAGUAUGCUUACCAAAAAAACUAAUGAUGGCAGAAGAAAAACUGAUACGUAAGAAGAAGAAGGCUUUAAAUGGCAGCAAUAAAAGAGCUUACGCCGAGGCUUGUAAUGACUUGGCAACAUAUUACUACAAGAAAAAUAGAUAUGCAGAUGCGUUGGAUGAAUACAGAACCGAGGCCUCGAUUUGCAAGGAAUUGGGGCUUCGAAUGGAGUGGGGCACAUGCAACAGAAUGAUUGGUGAAAUGUACAUGCUUCUUGCAGAGUUUGAUAAAGCUCUGAAGUAUGAGAAGCGACAUUUAGCUGUAGCCAAGGAACUCGACAACACAGUGGAGGAGCAGCGAGCCCUGGCUACUCUCGGUAGGAUAUACCUGUUGCAGGGACAGAGCACGACCGGCAAAGAGGCGGAAGAAUCUUUGAAAGCUGCUGAGCGAGCAUUUCUUAAAGGUCUUGCAUUGUGUGAAAGUUUGAGUGGAAAAAUAAAUAUAUUUGAGCUGAUGGACAUGAGAUCUCGACUGCUCCUCAAUAUUGGAGUGUGCCAGGAAUAUUUAGGAAAUCACGACAAGGCAGUAGACUGUCUCAAGAAAGCCAUAAACAUAUGCGUCAACCAGGAUAUAUAUGAUGUGUUGCAUCAGUGUUACACUACGCUGGCAUUGCUUUAUUGCAAUAAGCUGAAUGACUACACUAACUCGUUGAGUUGCCUUAGUAAAGCUGAGGAGAUUGCUAAGAGAUUGCAAGACAAGGGUCAAAAGCUAUGCGAGACUCUGGCAUCAAAGGCAGAUGUUUUGUGUAAGACAGCAGACUACCAAAGCGCCAAACAAGUGCUUAUAAAAGCCUGGAAAAUGAAGACUCCUGAUGAAGAAGAGAGGGAAAGCAUCGAGUCUAAACUUAAAGUUGUGGCGGCAAUGUGCUAUACAGACGACCAAAGAGUAGGCAUAGACCCAAGCAACCAUGCAGAGUUAAAGAAAGUGUACGAGAGCCUGGGCGACGGCGCCUGCUAUCUGCAGAACUAUGAUGAUGCUGUCUCCAACUAUCUGAAGAUGCUUGAGCAAGCUGAGUUGGCGGGGGAAAAUGGGAAAGAACUCAUACCCAUUUACGUCAGUUUAUAUCAAACUUACAAAGACAUGGGCUCAUAUAACGAUGCCCUAAUGUACCUUGAAAAGGAAUUCGAACUCAUAAAGGAUGAGCCCAAGGAAGCUUUCACCACCCUGUACAACAUUGCUGAGACUAGCUACUUGGCUAAGAAACCUUAUGACCAGAUUGAAAAGGCUUGCCAUAAUGCUAGAAAUGCUGCGAAAGAAUGGAAUAAGGGCAAAUAUGAAAUCCGAGCUCUCAAAUCUCUCCUUAAAUACCAAGAGGAAUACUUUGAGUUAGACAAAAUGGAAGAAACGCAAGACGAACUUAGGUAUCUCGGGUAUGAAGACUUUGACAAUCUGGAGAAUUCUGAGGAUGAGAGUUCAGCUGGCGGUGAUGAGAUGACAACAACCAUUGGGCAUGAUAUCCGCUGUGAGGACAUUACUGAUGACGAUGAGAACUUCAAUGAAGAGAUAGCAGGUGGAAGUAAAAGCAGGCCCAGGAGAACUGGAAUAGCUUAUGUUAAUAAAGUGAAUGAGAAAGGAGAGUCACUGUUGCAGCGGGCAUGCAUAGCUGGCAACAAAUUUAUGUUGCAACGCCUGAUCGCGCAGAAGCACCCGGUCAAUGUGCGCGACUUCGCCGGAUGGACUCCGCUGCACGAAGCGGCCAUCAAUGGACAUUACGAGAUCGCACAGAUCCUGAUAGAUCACGGGGCUGUGAUUAACGAUCGAGGGACUAAUGAGAGUAAAGGACAAACGCCCUUACACGACGCCGCAUGCAACGGCUACAUGGACGUGAUGCAACUCCUGCUCGACAAGGGCGCCAUCCCCUCCAUCAAGAACGAUCUCGGCCACACCGCGCUCGACUCGCUGCGACAGUGGCGCUCCAAUACAGUCCUCAACAGAGAGAAGGAGGAAAUGUACAAGAACAUCUGCGCCAGGCUCCAGAGCCAAAUCAGGGCCGCUCCGGCCGACAUAUCCCCGACCCCUCCAGGGCACUCUUACUUAAGGAAUAGGAAGAUAGACAGAUCACCUGCGAGCACGUCUGUAGCUAAUAGCAGUAACGUAGCAAGAUCACCUGGAUUCAAAAAGAGAAACGUCAUCCAAGAUGACUCCGAUGACGAUAUGAUUCUAUCACCCAGAAGAAAUCAACCAGCUUUCCCAUCGGAUGAGUCAUCGAGCGGAUCAUCAGAUGAACGGAGAGCUAAGAAAAAGAAAGAUGUCUCAGGAGUUAAAGAAUACAGGACGGUCAUAUCCGCUUUAAGGCAUAGAAGGACUUCUGACGGUGACGACUUACCAGAGGUUGAUGUGAAGAAAGCAUCAAAAUCAGCUUUAUUAGACCCCAAUGAAGUAGAUGACGACGAAUGGCUUGAUGACGAUAUGGGCGUAAAUAAAAGUAAAAAGCGAAAACUCAGUGACCCGUUGUCAUCAGUAACUAUUGCUAAGAAACCCACCUACGAUUCCAUUAAAGACAGCAUUGAAAAUAUUAACAGAAUUGAACCAUUAAUAGAUAUCAAUAAUAGAAAUUCAGCUGAGAAACAAAAAAAACGAAUGAGUGAUAUAAUUGCUAUUAACGAAAAUAGUUCAGACUCCAACGAAAAUAUAUGCCCCGAGUUUAGAAAUAGUUGGCCAGUUAUAGAUAGAGAGCUUAAUGAAUCUAAGACUAGAGAUACUAGAGAUAAUAUGAGGAAACGCUGGAAGCAACAGAGCACUCUGCUUAGAGCUGGUUUCCAAAGAAAUAGGCAAGAUUUAGAUCAAUCCAGCAACAGUGGAAGCGACAGUGAACUUACUUCCAGGAACACUAACAGACUGACACCCACUGGGACAUUCAGUAGAAAAUCCUCAGGAGAGAAUUUUAAUAAUUUCAGUCCGCGCAAGCAAAACGACAUAUCCGGAAGGUUUUCGAGAAAAUCAUCAGGUGAAAUCAGUAACUACAGCCCAAGAAAAGACUGCUUCAACAUGAUGAAUAUGAAUCCUAGUGUGAUGCAACCUUUAAAUGUGAUACAGCCAAUAAAUAUAGUACAAUCUAAUAAGAACGGGAGGACUACGCAGACGCAGAUUCUGCCGCCGGCGGCGGUGAAGGUGCAAGUAGACGAUAAAGUGUUGUUGAUAUCACUUAAGUUGGACAUGAUAAACAAACAGACAAUCAGCUGGCUGGUUGAUGAAGUGAAGACUAGAUAUUACAAAUUGACCGGCGUCCGUCCAGUAUUCAGCCUCAUGACAUCGGACGGCGCCAUCCUGUCGGAAGACGACCCGUUGAGCCUGGUGCUCUCUUCACCCGAACUGAAGACCUGCAUCACCAACUGGAAGGCGUCGCCAACUGAGGAGAGAUAUCUGGAGUGUUGCGAAGCUUUAGGCAUAUCUACGUGUGAGGAAAUCCAACAAACCAUAGGCCGGAGUCACACAACACACAGGCUUGCACUUGGAGCACGAACAUUACCACCAUCACAAAUCCGACCGUUGUUCCGAGCGCUCACACACCAAUCGCACAUCACUGCUAUCAUGAUCUCGGACAACAACCUAGGAGACGAUGGAGUCAAGUAUCUCACUGACUGCAUGUGUACUAUGAAGCACCUAACACAUCUAGACAUCAGCAGAAAUAAUAUCACUGCCGAAGGAGCUAGGAUAUUGACACAAAUGUUUGAUAAAGCGUCUAGACCAGUCUGCCAGUUACUAGACUUCUUAGAUAUCAGUGGUAACCCAAUAACCGAUGAAGGUUUGAAGUAUAUCUUAAAGUUAACACAACAUGUCAGACUGAAGACGCUCAAAUUGAACUCUUGUGGGUUAACAGAGAACGCAGCUGGAGUAAUAAAUGAGUGCAACGCUAAUUUCAAUGCUUUAGAAGCGGUAGACAUAAGUAAUAAUGAUGUGAAACUCCCGACGGUCAGCUGUUUAGUAUCAUCACUGAAUCCUAAUAUGCUGAUGGAACUAGAUUUAGACAGUGUGGGAGUGCAAGGCCAAGUGGUCGCGUGCGUGGCUUCGUUCAUGGAUACCGCCAAGGAAUUGAAGAUUAGAAGAUUCAGUCUGUCAAACUGCAAACUGGUGGAUGGACAAUUCAUGAGAGUGUUUAGAAGUCUCGGCCGCGCGAAAAAUUUGCAGGCAGUUUCCCUAAAGAGUAACCUGCUAACAUUCAUCACACUAAAGAAAUUACUACAGAGACAACCACCCGUACCGCAAAUCAACCUCCAGGGUUGCCAGGACAUAUUUAAAUACUCGCCCGACUCCGACUUCCAAGUGUGGUUGCCGGCCAUUGACUUUGGCCGGUGCAUACCGGAGAUCAAUGUGACCCCCGUGUCAAACAGUGAUGCAGAGAGAGACAGCUUCAAAUCCUUUUCCAAGACUUGGCUGAGUUGUUUCAAAGGUAGAGGAGUGAUUGAACACUGUGAAGGUGGCGUAAUAAGAUUUACCGCCAGGUAGACUACAUGCAGGGAUUUAGAUGCCUUACAACUUACAAUAUUGUAAAUGAUACAGGACUGAAUGAUCAAGUUCGUUUAAAUGGAUGGGCAAAAUUUCGAUUGUUUUGAGUGUGUGCAAAUAUAUUUUUCGCCACACCAGCUGGUAAAGGUUUUCGUGAUUGUUCAAAAACUGAUAAGAAAGUUGCAUUUCCUGUGUUAGGUUGGUGAAAAUUUUGUGUGUGUUGUUGUGUGUUUCACUCGGUGGUAAUAAUUAUUUGUUUUACAAGUGGGCAGUUGUUGUUUAACCGUUCGUGCUAAUAUUGAUACCCGAACAAGCGAAAGAUUGCAAAAUUGAACCACAAGCGUAGCGAGUGGUUCGAAAAGCGGCAUCUUGAGCGUCGCGAGGGUUUCAAGACACGAAGGUUGAACAAAUUUUGCCACCAAGUGAAACGCAAAAUUUUUCAACACACCAAUGCGAGGAAAAUACUAGCCGUAAAAUAUCAAACCAAAUGAACGUUACUAAAUAUUUAUCAUUCACGAAACACGAAAGGUUAAACAACAACUUUGCCCUCUUGUAAAAUAAAUAGGUAAGUCAAAUAACUAUUGCACUGCCUACAGUCAGAAUAAUCAAAGUUAUGUUAUGGCAUGACAUUUUGACAAGAUUCAUCAAUCAUUCAUGUCGGGAUUGUCGGGUAACAUGAAUGCCUGUAAUUAUUUUCAGUGCCUGAACAUUUAUGUAUAAAUUAGGUUAAUUAAAGAAUAUAAUAUAAUUUUAGUUACAUUGCUCUUAGAUGUAAAAUGUAUUUUUAAUGACUACUUAAUAUAUUUAUACUAACAUUUUUUUUGCCCAGUGAUGGUUACAGUUUUGCAGAUUUUUCAGUAGAUACUGAUCUUAAUUAUUAAUAAUAACCAAGUUAACGCACAAAAGUAGAUCCUAAUCUCAUGUAUGACUUUUUCGUUUUUUUUAAUUAAUAGUAAGUAAUGAAGCUACCACGUGCAUACAUGAUUACAUGUCUAUGCAAUUUUGUUAAUCUUAUCUGUAAUGAAGUAGGUACUA